AUGCGAAUAUUUGCUUUGGAAAAUACAUUUAUCUACAAGGAUCUCUCUAUGUGUUGUGAAAAAUUAUCACUCACCAAACUCAUAGAUAUGGACGAACUUUAUAAUGAGUUUUGCAGUAUUAAAGAAACUCUGGAUAAAAUUAUUGAGGAGCGUAAGCAAACACAUUCGUCGAAUGAAAAAAAAACUAUUUAUGAAACUUGGCAUGAACUGUUUCGGCAUUUGAAUAUACCGAACUUAUUAAAGAUUUUCCAGUUUAUUGUGUCUAUUCCAUGUUCAAAUGCCGCUGCUGAGAGGGCAUUUUCACUUUGCGGAAACGCCUGGACUGAUUCAAGAAAUAGACUGAGUGUUGAACACGUAAAGGCAGAACUGCAAGUAAAAAUUAAUUUUCAGUACAAUUGCAAAGAUUUUUAUGACUAUGUUAUUAAAAAUAAAAAAUUGCUCAAAUGUGACAAAUCACAAGAAAAAGUACUCUUUCAAAAAUAA